AUGGGUCUUCCUAUGUACGAAGAAAUGGACACGAUUACUCUCAACGGUAUUGUUAAGGACCUAGGUAUUGGUAGUCUUUUCAAGACUGUCAUAAAUAAGAAUGAAAGCAUUUACGAUCUUAAAAAAGCAAUCCUGUGGGAGUUAAGACCGAUGUAUCAAGAUAUUGCAGCUAUUGGCAUUCAAAUAUGGACUGUGCGAAUCCCCAAAAAUGAUACGAGAUUCGAGAGACUCAAGAAUGAUGAUGAAACUGUUGAGAACUUACUUGGCGGAGAACAUAUACGAUAUGCUAUAUCAAAAAUUAAGGAGCAUUUUAGCAAUCUAAACGAAGAUGAUAUCCAUAUGGUUGUUCUAGGAAAAGAAAAUUGGUGUGCUGCGUGUGACAAAGAAUUUAAGAACAAAGUCGAAUCAUAUGAGCAUGAAGCUUCUGAUUUUCACAAAAUUGUAGAUGGCCAGAGGAUUAAACCAGUCCAGUAUGAUGAAAACGAACUCACCGAAAUUGUUGAUGAUUAUUUGAUUUAUUCAUCCGGUGAUAAGGAUGGUAGUGAUCAAGAGAAAUAUAAUAUGGAAGAGUUGUAA